AUGGGCAUCAUGGAGUCGACAGCCUCGAUGAAGGCCUGGCUCCCAGGGCACAACAACCACAAGUACGAAUCAUUACCAGCACACAGCCCAACAGCACCCACAUUACCGGAGAACCACCGAGGCUUCUGGAGGAGAAACAAGGGAUGCAUCACCCUAGCAUGCAUCACGGCCCUCGUGCUCGUGGGCGUGCAUGCUGGUACCAUUUACAGACACGUCUCGCGCGGCCGACACGAGAUGGAAGACGUCUCCCGGCUCUGGGGCCAGUACUCGCCUUUCUACCCCGUUCCGUCAGAGAUUGAUCCCGCCAUUCCCGCGCAGUGCGACGUCACGUUUGCGCAGGUUCUCUCGCGCCACGGCUCGCGCGACCCCACGGCCGGCAAGUCCGAGGCGUACCUCGAGCUCGUGGGCCGUAUCCAGGAUGUUGUCGAGGACUAUGGCAAGGGCUACGAAUUCAUCCGCGACUACGAGUACACGCUCGGGCACGACCAGCUGACGGCGUACGGCGAGAGGGAAAUGGUCGAGUCGGGGGCCGCGUUUUACCGACGGUACCGGGCGCUCGCCGCCAUCUCGGAGCCGUUUGUGCGGGCGUCAGGCCAGCGGCGUGUCGAGGCGUCGGGUCGCAACUGGACGCAGGGGUUCUACGCGGCGCGUGCGCGGGACGGGCUCGAGGCGCCGGACGAUGUCGAGGACGAGAUGCUCAUCAUUCCCGAGCGGCGCGGGGCCAACAACACGCUGAGUCACGGACUGUGCCCGGCGUUCGAGUCCGGCCCGCUCGCGCGGCUCGGCGAGUCGGCCAAGCUGGCGUGGCAGGAUGUCUUCAUGCCACCGAUCGCAGCGCGCGUCAACGCGGCGCUGCCAGGGGCGAACCUGACGGAGCACGAGACGGUGUACUUUAUGGAUCUGUGCCCGUACGAGACGGUGGCGGACGCGCAACUGCGGCCGUCGGCGUUCUGCAGCCUCUUCACACGCGACGAGUGGGCUAGCUACGACUACUACCAGACGGUGGCCAAGUACUACGGCUUCAACGCCGGCCACCCGCUGGCGGCGACGCAGGGCGUCGGCUGGGUCAACGAGCUCGUGGCGCGGCUGACGGACACGGCGGUCGAGGACGACACGACGACGAACCGCACGCUCGACAGCGACAGCGCCACGUUCCCGCUGGGCCGCGGCAUGUACGCCGACUUUAGCCACGACAACGACAUGCUCACCAUUUACGCGGCGCUCGGGCUCUACGACGGCGCCGCGCCGCUGCCGCGCACGCGGCGGCAGACGGCCGAGGCGUCGGGCGGUUUCUCGGCGGGCUGGCUCGUGCCGUUUGGCGGGCGCAUGUACGUCGAGAAGAUGCGGUGCGAGGGCCACGACGAGGAGAUGGUCCGCGUCGUCGUCAACGAGCGCGUUGUGCCGCUCGAGGCCUGCGGCUCGGAUGCGCUCGGGCGAUGCGGGCUCGGGGCCUUUGUUGAGGGGCUCGAGUUUGCGCGGAAGGGUGGAAAGUGGGAUCAGUGUUUUGCGUGA